AUGCAGAUGGAAAACCCAUACGCGUGGUGGUUGCCGGCUAUAUAUAUCCCUGCCAUCACAGUGUUUGGGCUGAUCGGGAACAUACUCACGUUCAUUGUGCUAAGCCAAAAGCCUCCGAGCUCCAAAUGGAUACCUACAGCCUCACUUAUGCUUUCCAGGACAGGGAAACCGAAAAGUCCAACUUCUAUUAAUCUGUCCUCACCGAGGGAUAAUUCCUCUUCUGCACCGAACGAUCCGUCUAAACCGAGAGAUAAUUCCUCUUCUGCACAGAACGAUCCGUCUAAACCGAGGGAUACUUCCUCUUCUGCACCGAAUGAACCAUCUUCUCUACGAGAUGAUUCCUCUCUAUCAACAGACAAUUCCUUUUCAACAUCGGAUAAUUUUUCGGUUGCACCGAAUAAUUCCUCACCACCAAAGGAUAAAACCUGCUGUCCCUCGGAAAAUAACUAUCCUCCAUGUGAUCAUAUAUCAUCUCCUGUGGAUAAGCGACAGGUACCAGACAAGUUCUCAGCUUCAAGGGAUAAUUCCUUAUCUCCACCUGACGAUACCCCUUUUCCAAUGGAUAAUUCCUCCUCAGCACCGGAUAAUUCCUUAUCUCCACCGGAUAACAUCUCUUCUCCAAUGGAUAAUUCCUCCUCAGCACCGGAUAAUUCCUUAUCUCCACCGGAUAAUACCUCUUCUCCAAUGGAUAAUUCCUCCUCAGCACCGGAUAAUUCCUUAUCUCCACCGGAUAAUACCUCUUCUCCAAUGGAUAAUUACUCCUCAGCACCGCAUAAAUCCUUAUCUCCACCGGAUAAUAUCUCUUCUCCAAUGGAUAAUUACUCCACAGCACCGCAUAAAUCCUUAUCUCCACCGGAUAAUAUCUCUUCUCCAAUGAAGAAUUCCUCCUCAGCACCGCAUAAAUCCUUAUCUCCACCGGAUAAUAUCUCUUCUCCAAUGGAUAAUUACUCCACAGCACCGCAUAAAUCCUUAUCUCCACCGGAUAAUAUCUCUUCUCCAAUGGAUAAUUACUCCACAGCACCGCAUAAAUCCUUAUCUCCACCGGAUAAUAUCUCUUCUCCAAUGAAGAAUUCCUCCUCAGCACCGCAUAAAUCCUUAUCUCCACCGGAUAAUAUCUCUUCUCCAAUGGAUAAUUACUCCACAGCACCGCAUAAAUCCUUAUCUCCACCGGAUAAUAUCUCUUCUCCAAUGGAUAAUUACUCCACAGCACCGCAUAAAUCCUUAUCUCCACCGGAUAAUAUCUCUUCUCCAAUGGAUAAUUACUCCACAGCACCGCAUAAAUCCUUAUCUCCACCGGAUAAUACCUCUUCUCCAAUGGAUAAUUACUCCUCAGCACCGCAUAAAUCCUUAUCUCCACCGGAUAAUAUCUCUUCUCCAAUGGAUAAUUACUCCACAGCACCGCAUAAAUCCUUAUCUCCACCGGAUAAUACCUCUUCUCCAAUGGAUAAUUACUCCUCAGCAUCGGAUAAUUCCUUAUCUCCACCGGAUAAUACCUCUUCCCCAAUGGAUAAUUCCUCCUCAGCAUCGGAUAAUUCCUUAUCUCCACCGGAUAAUAUCUCUUCUCCAAUGGAUAAUUCCUCCUCAGCAUCGGAUAAUUCCUCAUCACCACUUAACAAUCAGUCGUCCUUACCGGAAAAUUCCUCUCCAACAGCGGAUAAUUCGUCUGCAACACCACGGAAUGCUUUUCCAAAGCAUUCCACAACUACAUAUGGGGACAAACAUCUGUCGCCCAUCUCCAAGCAGUUGUUCUCCACUCCAAAAGACUCUACAUAUCUACCACCAUUGACGACUCGUUUUCUUCUUAAGGCCCUCGCCAUAGUUGACUCUUUGAUUCUUCUUUGGCCCUGCUUAAUCCAGUGGAUUGUUUACAUCAGCGCUGAUACAACACCCUGA